UAAACCGGUCUUAAUCACCUGAAAAACCGGUCUUAAUUAGGUUUUCUCCGUUUGCUUAUAUAAUCACCUGAAAAGUCGGUCUCUUUCUUAAACCUAUCUGUUUCUCAAAUCCCGAAUAAAUAGGAACUGAAAUAUUAUAUAAGAUCAUCGUUACACAUACCUUCUUCUUCUCCAUUUUUCUCAAUUCUCGCUCUUGAGCUCUGUUCAUUGCGUACAAAGCCAACCUUUUACUCUCUAGCUACAUAACUCGAAUUCCUUCUAGUUUCUUUUUUUUUGGUUCUAUUUCGACAAGAGAUAUAUAUCAUCAAAAUGGUGAAAUCUGCUGAUGAUAUUGUUUCACUGAUGAUGGUUCUUUAUCCGGAGGAGAUGAUGCAUGAAAUUAUCGGAGAGAGGAUAGAGAACAUGGAUGUUAAACAUACACAAUCGCGAACGAGUCCUCGAAAACGCCAAACUGUUGGUCGUUUUGAGGUCGGACCAUCUUCGGAAGAGGAGUACGAUCCUAAUAUCUUUGGGGAUGCCGGGCCAAGAAAGAAGAGAAGUCCUUGUCACCGAUCAUCUUCUUCUCGCACGAUGACAACAACACGGACGCGUGCCAUCGAACAACAAAGAUCAGUCACUUCCGUGGAACCAGUACUACAAAACCCUAAUCUGGGUUUAGAGUCUUCUCCUUCUUCUUACGUUAGUCGUCGUUCCAAGGAAAAACGUCCCAUUAACGUGGAAAAGAGAAGUCGAAAGAAACGCAAAGUCGUUAGUCCUUUAGAGGUGGAACCAAUUCAAACAACUCCAUCGGAGUGGCUUUUGAACGUGAUGAGGAGAGAAGAGAACGGCUACAAUCCGAAGCUGAUCUCAACGAGGCAACUCUUUCAGACUGAUCUCAGAACACACCAAGCACGUCUCUCAGUACCCUUUAAGCAGGUUAUCAAUCCGGACUUUUUGACAGAGAAUGAGACAAGAAUCAUAAAUGAAAAUGCCAUGAAGAUUCGUGACGAUGGUGUGAGUGUGGAUUUGGUGGAUCCUAAUCGGAAGAAGCAUGAGCUUGAGUUGAGGAAGUGGAAGAUGAGUGGAAACUGGUAUUAUAACUUUGUUAAAGGUUGGAAAAAUGUGCUUGAUGCUAAUAACUUUAAGGAAGAGGACGUCUACCCUCUCUGGUCUUUCCGAUCUGGAACAGGUAAACUCUGUUUUGCUCUCACCCCUAAAAAUUCCAGCAACAGCAACGGCUCCACUUGAGGAGAAUCUGGCCGUGGAAACUCUCUUCCUGGGGGCGAUGGCGCUUCGACUUCCGGUGAAUCUGGCCAGGUACCUGUUCCUCCUCCUCCGGCAAGAGAGUCUAGUUACUCCGGGCAAGGUUGUUCAGGAGCGAGCAGCUCUAGUUCUUCCUAAUCAUAACUCUGCUUAUUGCUUAAGCCACAAGUAAAAAGGAUUUAGUUUUCAGGCAAUUCUGGAUUAGUUUUUUUAGUUUUCUUUCUUUCUUUUUAGGUCAGUUGACUGAAAUAUUGGGGCUUUGUCCAAAUUGUGAGACCCAUAAUGUGUUUUGAAUUUAGAUUAAAUAUUAACUUUUUUCUUCA